AUGUCUCAUUCAUCUCCCCCACACGCCAGCAUCCCACGCCACCCAACAAAGCCCGGCGAUCCCAUCGACGACGCCCAGCUCUUCAAUUUCAGUGAUGAAGAUGGUCCAAUACAGCUAUCAGACGGCACAUUACGAUGUAAACACGCCCUAGAAGUCUGUGCUGUCUGCAAUAUCGACUACACCUUUAUGCGCGAGAUUCUCGACGACGACAGCGGCUUCAUCGACUCGGACGAGUCCAUGAUGUAUCUCCCAGAAGAGGAAGAGUUUUAUUAUAUGCCAGAUAUGAGCAGCAAUGGUACCAGAUGCGACAUCUGUGGUCAGCCCGCCGCCGUUGCUUGCACCGAAUGCGAGGAGAGUCUGUAUUGCAGUCCAGAGCAUCGACAGCUGGAUGCACAAAAUCAUGCAUCAAAGUGCAAUUCUACCACCAAAGUCGAGUUUGUCGUCGUCGGCACGUCCAACAAGCUAUCUGACGGGUUAUCCGGAGCUACAAGUCACAAAUAUGACACUUCACAGCCAUCUCAGCUACAAGAAGCAUCCGACCUCCUCAAAUCCUCCAAACCACUUUCCAUCCUCCUCAUCGUCGACUCACCCACAACCACCAACGACACCAAUCUCCUCAAACUCUUCGUCACCUCUGUCAAAGAUCACGGCACAACAGUCAUCAUCGCACCAACGACGAUGAAAGCCGCUUCAAACGCAGAACUAGAAAACAUCUUUACAGAAUUCGGGUUGAACUGGAAACUAGGUCAAGUCUCCAAUGACAAGAUUACACUUUCACCCCACGUCGCGGCGGGUGUAUCCAAGAUCCAGACGUCGCAAGCUCAAGGCUUGGCCGAGUUUCUUCGUCGAAGUGUCUCAGUCUUUCUCCCGCAUACCUAUACGACAGAGGCGCUUCAAAUCACGAAUGUCUCGACCAACGAGGCGGUUUACCUAUCGUCCCAGGCACUUGCGGAUAUCGCUGGUAAAGAUAGUGUCGAAGCUGUGUCGGCGUUUGCGAGUGUGGGUAAAGGGUGGGUGGGGUAUAUUGGCGAUACGAGUCUUGAAGGGUGGUCAGAGUUUGUCGUCAAGGCCAUGUUAGGUCUUUGA